UCAGCAGUUACAAGCAAGUAGAAAGCUGACUUCAUACACACAACUGCUGUGUUCUAUUUUUUAUUUUUUAUCUUUGUUUCUUUUCACUUUCUAAAUCAUGACGCAUUCCCCACUUCGUCCACAAGUCAUUUCACUUUACAAGCAACUUGUUUACUUGGGAAGGGAAUAUCCAGCUGGGUGGGAUUUUUUUCGACCCAAACUAAAAGCGGCCUUUUUAAAGAAUAAAGACUUGACAGAUACUCAAGAGAUUGAAAAACGAAUCAAGCAUGGAGAAUAUAUUAUCAAAGGUAACCAUGACAGCCUUUGACGAUAUUGACCCUGACAACAGAAUAUAGAGUUGGAAAUGAUGUAUUAUUUAAGAAAAUAUCGCACCUUAAGAAAAAGGUACAACGAACCAUGUGCAUGAAACCCUUUUAAAUGCAAGUUAUAAAACUUGUAACACAAGAAAUAAAAUGUCUUUUUCUUCUUUUCUUUUUCUCUUUCUUUCUUUC